AUGAAACAAAAAAUGCGACGCAAAUUUUGUGACGUUCUCUUCCCUUUAUUGUUGGUGUUUCUCUUGACGACGAUGGAGCCUGUGACGGCUGAGGUGUACAUUCGACUUUUUCCCGGAAAAGAAUUGUGCUUCAACUAUGAGGGCUAUCGUGACCCAGAGGAUGACCCACCCACCGUGGACAUCCGUCACCGUGGAAUUGACCCGCGAAAUGUCAACAUACGCACCCGCCUGUACGCCCCAAGUGGAGCGCAGGUGACUUUGGAUGAGCGCAUUGACUCUUUUGGUUCCCCAUCCUCACUUUUUUUUAAGGUGACAGAGACUGGCACUUAUCGCUUUUGUAUGCGCACACCAUUGAGUCAGCCUUCGUUACGUUUUGAGAUGCGCUUUCUUGGAGAAAAGGAUCUUAUAGAUCCGAUAACAACAGCAGAGGGAAUGCCUGCUGUUGACAAACCAGUAGACGCUAAAGACUACGAAGCGCGGUUGAAUAUGUUGGAUAUUUGUGUGCAAGUCGCUCUUGACGAAGUUCGCAUAAUCGAAAACCGUCUCCACAUGUUUGAUGAAGUCACGCAGUCGACGUACUACAUCACAGUGGGGAUGCUUUUUCUCAAUGUGAUUCUCUCUAUCGUACUGACCGUGUGGUCUGAGAAAUACCUUGAGCGCUACUUUACAAAGAAGAAGAAUGUCUAG